AUGAAUUUUAAUCAACAGUCUCCCGACAUGUCAUCACUAUCGGGUAUGAAUCCGAACCAACAACCUCAACAGAGAGGUGGUAAUUUGCCAGCAUUGACACCACAGAUGUUACAAUCAUUAACACCACAACAAUUUGAAUUAUUCAAAUCUAAUCCCCAUUUUCAAGAAAUGAUGAGACAGUAUAUGCAAAAACAGCAGUUAAUACAACAGCAGCAACGUCAGCAACAACAACCGCAACCAUCACAACAACAUUCAACAGGCGGUAUAAUUGGUGGAAUGUCGCUGACUCCUCCACCACUACCACCACAACAACAGCCUCAACAGCAACAGGUUCCACUCCAACAACAACAACAACAACCACCACCUCAAACAAUGCAAAUGGCUCGUGAGCAGUUUUUAAAACAACAGCAAAUGAUGCUUAACCAACAGCGUAUGGCUCAACAACAACAACAAGCUCAACAAGGAUCUCAUGGUCCCCAAUCUAUAAAUAAUGGAAUGCCUGGAGCCUCUUCAAUGCCAUACAGACAACAAAUGCCUAACCAAAUGUCACCAGAUAUGAUGAAUGCACAACAGCAAUCACAACAACAACAACAUGCAGCUCCUCCUCCUCAUCUUGUACAACAACAAUCACAUCAACAAAUUCCUACGGGAAUGAAUAAACCUCCACCACCUCAAGGAAGAGUUCCAUCAAUCACAGGAGCACCUGGAGCCAUGGGUCCACCUUUAACUGGUGUUCCAGGAGCAACACCUUUAGUGGAAGGCCCAGGAGCACCUUCCCCAGUUGUUGGUGGAGCUAUUCAGCCAAGUGGACCGAAUAGUAUUCCAGGAGUGCCGCCAUCCGCAGUACCACCAUCUUCAUCUAUGGGACCUGGUAUCAUACCAGGAGCUGGACCCGGACCUGUUCCGAGUGCCCCAGGAGCCAUGCCUCAGUCAAAUUUACCACCUGGUGUUACUCCUGAAAUCUUGAGUAAACUUCCUUCAAAGCCGUUAUUGAGUUUCCAUGAAUGGUCUGAUAAAUUGAAAGAAGAAGGAAAAGAGAUCCCUCUAGAUUUGAAAGUUUAUGAAGAGAUGAUUCGGAAAGAUACUGAAUUUAUGGGCAAAUUAUCUAGACAGUUAAUUGACAAUAAAUCUACUAUGGAAGGUUUAGCAAAAGAUAUACAAUCAUAUAACCAAAUAAAGCAAUUGAGAAUGAAUUCCAUUACAUUGUCAAAUAAAAAUCAGUUUAAUAAUAGUAUUUGGGGUGAAGGUUAUCAGGGAUAUGGUAAUGGUAUUACUAAUUCUAGUACUAAAUUGAUGGUUCCAGGAAGAGAUAUAACUGAUAGAAUGAUUAAUGAACGUGUGUUGAAAAAUCUCAAGAUGUCAAAGCACUAUGUUCCGAUACGUCUUGAGUUUGAUCAAGAAAGAGACCAGUUUAAGUUGAGAGAUACUUUUCUUUGGGAUUUGAAUGAGGAAAUCAUCAAGAUAGAAGAUUUUACUAGACAAUUAAUUGACGAUUAUAAGUUCAUCCCGAAGGAACAUUAUGAAACAAUUUUGGCUAGUAUUAAGGAGCAAAUAUCUGAUUACCUGAAAAAGCCAAAUAAAACCAUGGGAGAAUUGAGAAUCCCAAUCAAAGUCGACAUUACCAUAAACAACACACAAUUGACAGAUCAGUUUGAAUGGGAUAUCCUAAACAGUCUAGAGAGUGAUCCGGAAGAAUUUGCUUUCACAAUGUGUGAGGAAUUGUGUUUGCCUGGUGAAUUUUGUACAGCUAUUGCACACACAAUCAGAGAACAGUCACAAAUGUAUAUUAAAGCUUUGAAUACUGUUGGUUACAGUUAUAGUGGUGCACCGGUUAAUGAAGAUGAAAUUAGAAAUCACUUGUUGCCAUCAUUGAGAUUAGUUUCAUCCGACUAUGAAAUUGUCGAUGAUUUUUUCUCCAUAUUAAGAAACCCAACAAAUGUACCAGAUUUUUCACCAUCGUUGAACAAGUUGUCUCAAUUGGAAGUUGAAAGAUUGGACAAGGAGAUGGAGAGAGAAAGUAGAAGAAAAAGAAGACAUAAUUAUAAUGAAGAUGCUCCACAAGGAGGAGGGAGAGGUUUUACUUCUAGAAGAAUUGCUGCCCAUGCAAGCAGGGGAAACAAUAUUCCUGAUUUGUCAGAUAUACCGAAAACUUUUAGAACACCAGCACCUUCUUCAAUUCUUCCAGGUUCAGCUGAUUUAGGUACUGCUGAUGUUUAUGAAUACAAUGAGGUAAUAAUUAAUCGAACACAAGUCAGAAAUCCAAAUUAUAGACCACCAACACCUGUUCCUGUUGAUAAUGGACUUGUUGAUUAUGACCACGAUCCAAUAGAUGGUACAUUUAUCGUAACUAUUAAAUUACCUUAA